AUGGACGGCCCAAUGGACCUGGAUGCACCCGCGGGUACGAAACGCAAAGCAGAUGCCAUUGCGGAUGAUCCUCGACCCGCUCGGCGAAUCAAGGCGUUGGAUCCAGACGUGGUGAACAAGAUUGCGGCCGGCGAGAUCAUCGUCGCCCCUGUGCACGCUCUCAAGGAGCUCAUCGAAAAUGCCGUCGAUGCCGGCUCGACCGUUUUGGAAAUUCUUGUCAAGGACGGUGGGCUGAAGCUCCUCCAGAUCACAGAUAACGGCUGUGGGAUCGAGAAGGAGGACUUGCCCAUCCUGUGUGAACGCCAUACUACAUCCAAAAUCACAGCAUUCGAGGAUUUAUCAUCCAUUGCGACCUAUGGCUUUCGCGGAGAGGCCCUGGCUAGCAUAAGCCACAUUGCCCAUUUGUCCGUCACCACCAAGACAAAGGAUUCAUCAUUGGCAUGGCGCGCACAUUACUUGGAUGGCAAGAUGAUUGCCCCCAAACCUGGCCAGCCCGCGGAGCCCAAGGGAGUUGCCGGGCGGCCGGGCACUCAGAUCACAGUAGAAGACUUGUUCUUCAGUAUCCCGACUCGGAGGAGGGCCUUUCGAUCCUAUUCUGAUGAAUUCAACAAAAUCAUCGACAUGGUUGGCCGCUAUUCUAUUCACUGCCAAGGCGUAGGUUUUACCUGCAAGAAGGCUGGUGAAGCUUCCAACUCCUUGUCAAUACAAAGCCAGGCCACGACACUGGAUAGAGUACGUCAGAUCUAUGGCAGCAGCGUCGCCAAUGAGUUGAUAGAUUUUUCUGCAUCCGAUGCACGAUGGGGUUUCACAGCUCACAUGCUGGCGACAAACGCGAAUUAUCAUAUCAAAAAGACAACUUUUCUCCUCUUCAUCAACAACCGGAGCGUCGAGUCUGCAAAUGUCAAAAAGGCAAUUGAACAGACAUAUUUGAAUUUUCUGCCUAAAGGCGGCCACCCUUUUGUCUAUCUCAGUUUGGAAAUCGACCCUGCUCGAGUCGACGUUAAUGUGCAUCCAACAAAACGGGAAGUUCAUUUCCUCAAUGAGGCUGAAAUCCUGCAUGCGGUCUCCACAGAACUGGAGUCGCGCUUGGCAAAGGUCGAUACUAGCCGAACCUUUCAAACGCAAACCCUACUUCCAGGAGCAAAACCUGUAACCGAGCCCGCAGAUGAGGAUCAGCCGUCUCCUAGAAUCAUGGUGACGGGCAAGAGAAGACGGAAUUCAAACGACUUGGUCCGAACUGACAUGUAUGCACGCAAAAUUACCACCAUGUUUUCUCAUGCCGAUAGUGGCGAGGCAUCCAAGGAAAAGGCUUCCAGAGAGGAGGAAGCACUGGCAGCGCCUGAAAAUAUUGAAUACGAGGAAAAUGACCGAGAAAUCACUCUGUGCCGGCUAAAAAGCAUCAAGGAACUGCGAAGCGAAGCACGAGACAAGAUGCAUCACGAAUUGACUGGAAUAUUCGAAUCACACACAUUUGUUGGCAUUGUAGACGACAGCCGAAGACUGGCGGCCAUACAAGGCGGUGUCAGAUUGUAUCUGGUAGACUACGGACACACAUGUUUUGAAUAUUUUUACCAACUGGGACUUACAGACUUUGGCAAUUUUGGCGUAAUUCGAUUUAGCCCCGCCUUGGGGCUCAAAGACCUGCUUCGAAUGGCAGCCGAGGCAGAAAAGAAAGCACUCUGCGCAUCUGGCGAUGAUUUUCCCGUGGAGAAGAUUGUUGAUAAAGUUUGCAAUCAACUCAUUGAGCGCAGGGAAAUGCUUUUGGAGUACUUUUCUCUGGAAAUAUCUCCAACAGGCGAGUUGAUAUCCAUUCCGUUGAUGGUCAAGGGCUAUACGCCUCCAUUGUCAAAGCUCCCUCGGUUCCUGUUACGACUCGGCCCCAAUGUCAACUGGAAUGAGGAGAAGGAGUGUUUUGACACUUUCACCCGGGAGCUGGCCACAUUUUACGUGCCCGAGCAGUUGCCUACUCCUCCAGCUCCUGGUGGCGACGGCGAAGAGGAGGAUAUAUCCGAAGAGGCGAAGACGAGAAGACGGCACGUAAGAUGGGCGGUAGAGCAUAUAUUCUUUCCGGCGUUCAAGACAAAGUUGGUGGCGACCAAGGCGCUCAUGGAUGGGGGCAUUUUGGAAGUUGCGAGCUUGAAGGGACUAUACAAAGUAUUUGAACGGUGUUGA